AUGAAAACACUACUUAAUAAUAAGAAAUAACUUGGUUAAUAGGAAACAUAAACAAAAUCAAUACAGAAACAUGAAUCAGCUGCCACUGUAAGUGUGAUAUAUCCACAAUUGAAAUAAUAAAAUAGAAUAACAUCUGCAUAUUAUUCAGCUAAGUUAAUUAAAGGGCUUCCAAUUAGUGCACAACCUAUAGCAAGACCUAUAAAAAAGGUUCCACAAUUGCAGUAUCCCUUUUUUCAAGAACCUCCACCAAUGUAGAUGCAAUCAAUUCAUGAUGAGGAUGUGUAGCAAUCAAAGCAAACUCAAGAACCUGAAUUUGAAAUUAGAGCUACCACAGCUCCUGAGGGUGCUUAGAGAAAGCCAAAACCAACUUAAGAUUUCAGAUAAUUGAUUUAACGAGUGCCAUAAGUUAUUAAGAUGGAACCGACAGCAGGAUAAUUUGUAAUUUAAAAUAAAUUUCCUGAGUAUAUUAAUGAUUUUGAUGAAUUUACAGUGAAUCCCCAUGUUCAUAAACAUAUGGAACGAUUAAAAUCAUCGAUUAGAUUAGUAAAUUAUCAAUAAUUGCCUCGUAAUUAAUCCUCCAAAUUGGAAAGACAGAGAGAGCUAAUUGAGAAAACAAUAUCAAAUAGGCCUGUUCAAUCAUAAUAGGUAAAGAAACGAAAGUUAUUACCUGAAAACAGACCCAAGACAACAAAUUAUAAAAGAGAGAACCCUUUAGGUGAUUGUUGGAAAGACUUGGCUUAAAAGGUUGUGAUAUAGGCAAAUACAGCAAAUAAACCUAGGGAUGAAUCAGUACAUGAAUUAGAGAAAUCAUUGACUCAUUUGGAUUUAGAAACAAAUGUAUUGACAUAGAAAGAGAAGGAAUAUAUAAAGAAGAAAAGAAAGCAAUUCUUAGAUGAUUUGAGACCAUAUUUAGAGAUGAAGUAAGCAUAGGCAGAAAAGAAGAGAGCAAUGGCUAAAAGAGAAGUGUUAUUAGACAAAUUUGAUUAGCAUAAUUCAUUAUUGAGUGAAUUAGAAGAUGAUGGUGAUUUAGCCAAGGAAGAAAGUUUUGAAAUGCUGGAUGAUGAGAUCUAAAUAUUUAAUAAACCUUUAGUUGAAUAAUAAAACUUUUUUGCUAAAGUGGAUCCAAUAAAUAGAUCGUUUGAAUAGCAAUUGAAGGAGACUCAAUAAAAGUUUGAAUAAAUGGUCAAAGAGGAUAACAAAUUAUAUGAGGAUGCUCAGAAAAAUAAGAUAGAUAAACCAGCACCAUUUUUAAAGGUUGGAGAUCAUUUCUCAUUAGAUGAGAUCAAUUUAGUAUUAAGAGAGUUAAAGAAAUCAGUAGAUGAUAGGAAUUAUGAAUUAUUGGAUGGGAUUUGCAAAAACCUAAAAUUCUUUUGGUAGUUCAGUAAAUAAACAAGAAUUUUAUUGUUAAAAUUGAGUUCUUUGGUUUUUUACAAAUGCGGUGAAUAUAUCUUUUAUGAAGGUGAUGUUGGAGAAUAAAUGUAUAUAAUCCUUAAUGGGGGUUGCCAUGUAAGAAUUAAGAACCCCCAUGUGGCUGAUUGUAAUCCAAUUGUAAGUACUCUAUAUACAGGGUAACAAUUUGGUGAAUUGGCCUUGAUUGAUCCAAACACUAAAAUUAAUAGACCUGAUUAAAACUAGUUGCAUUCUAACAGCAAAUACACAUUAAAUAUGAUAAGAGGUGAGAUGUAGAGAUCGGAAUAACAGAAGGAAAAGGCUAAGAAUUGGUGGAAGAAAGAUUACAAUGAAGAAGAGAAACAAGAAUAAGUUAAAAUCUAACCGAAGAGAAGUGCUUCAAUUGAAUGUGCUGUUGAUACUUAUUUAUUGGCUAUCUCAAGAGAUUAUUUCAAAAGCAUUAUUCUGAAUGUCAUUACCUCAGAAUUGGAGGAUAAAUUAAAGACAUUAUUGACUAUGCCUUGUUUUGAUUUUCUAUCUUAAAUGGAAUUGAUACCUAUAGCAAAUCUAUUGGAAAGUGAAACCUAUAGAUUGGGCUAAGUGAUUUUGAAGGAAGGUGAACCAUAGAAAUACUUUUACAUUGUUGCAAGUGGGAGAUGCAAGUGUGUGAAGGAGGAAGUGUUCAUUAGAGAUUUGAAAGUGAUGAGAGCGGAUGAUCCAAAUAAGAAGAAGCCAUUGAAAUGUGGUUUAAUAGAUUACGCUUAAAUUAGAGAGGACAAGAAAAUGAGAGUGAAGAAUACAUCCUUAGAUUUAGAGAACGUGCCUGGAUUAGGGAUACCUUAAUCAUUUUAAUAUUAGGAAAUAUAUAAAAAUAAAGAGUAUAUGGCAUUCAAAUACCAUUUUCUUUAUAAAGAAUUUGUAAGAGGAGACUUUUUUAUGGGGAGAGUGUUAUUGAAUGAAUAUAAAUUGUUUGAUGAGGACAUAAUGGAAAUGAAAUAUGAUCUGUCGGAAAGAAGUAGAUUGACAGUGAUUAGUGAUGCAGCUAAGACUGAGGUGUACAAAUUGGAUAAGGGACUAUUUCAUUUGGUUAGCCAACCUUUGAAACAACAUUUGAUUGAUGGAAUUAAGAGAAAACCUGAAUUCGAUCUUAUUUUUGAUGCUGAGGAAGCAAAGAAAGUUAAGAAAUGGGAUGCCUAUAAGAUGAAUCUAUUUAAAGCUGUGAUGGACUAAAAGGAAUUGAAAAAUUGA